UUUUCCUUUUUUUUUUUUUUAUUUAUUUUAGUCCCAUUGAAUUGACAUCGUUACUACUCUGCCAUGGCGGAAGAAAAAGCUAUCAAACCUGACAAUAACGAAAAGGCCGGAAAAGAAGAAGAAUUCGAAGAACAAGAACAUAUCGAACAUGAAGAUGAAAUUUCGCCUGAAUUGGAAGCUUUACUUCAUACCGAUCCAUCCAUUGGUUUGACCUCGGCUGAGGUACAAGAAAGAUUACAACAAUUUGGUCACAAUGAACUUCCUGAAAGAAAAGCCAAUCCGUUCCUCAAGUUUAUUCGUUACUUUAUGGGUCCCAUUUCCUAUUUGAUUGAAAUUGCUUGUAUUAUUGCUGCUGUUGUUGGUGAUUGGAUUGAUUUUGGUAUCAUUUUGGCUCUUUUGUUUAUCAAUGCUCUGAUUGGUUUCAUCGAAGAAAUGAAGGCGGAAUCUGCUUUGGAUGCCCUUCGUCAAACUUUAGCUCUCAAGACUCGUGCCAUUCGUGAUAGCAACUUGGUAGAAAUCGAAGUACGUGAAUUAGUCCCUGGUGAUAUCUUUGUGCUUCGUAUUGGUGAUAUUGUUCCUGCUGAUGGUCGUUUAUUAGGUUUGGGUGUCAAUGGUGAAGAAAGUUCAGCUGAACUACAAAUCGAUCAAUCUGCUUUAACCGGUGAAUCUCUUCCUGUGCACAAAAAUAAAGGAAAUACCGUCUAUUCCUCUAGUAUUGUCAAACAAGGUCAACAACUUGCUGUGGUCACCAAAACAGGUUCCAAUACUUUUAUCGGUCGUGCUGCUAACCUGAUUGCUAUUACUGCUGAUGAAGGACAUUUCCAAAAAAUCAUUGCCAAAAUUGGGAAUGUUCUUAUCUGGUCUACCGUCGUUUUGGUCUUGAUUGUUUUUGUUUAUCAAAUGGUGCAUUUCCGUAAUACUCCUGAAGGUGAUUGGCGAGUGGUUCUCGAAAAUUGUUUGGUCUUAACUGUGGCUGCUAUUCCUGUGGGUUUACCGACUGUGAUGUCUGUUACUAUGGCCUUGGGUGCAAAACAACUGGCUGCAAAGAAAGUGAUUGUCAAACGUCUGACUGCUGUUGAAGAAUUGGCUUCGGUUUCUGUUUUAUGUUCUGACAAGACUGGUACACUAACUCUGAAUGAAUUAACAUUUGAUGAACCAUGGCUCAAUGACAACUAUACUGCUGAUGAUAUUCUCCUUUACUCUUAUUUGGCAGCUGAACCUGGUGCGAAUGAUCCUAUUGAAACAGCUGUCCGUCGUGCUGCUGAAACAUCAGUGGAUAUCUUACGAGAUAGACCGGCAAAUCAACGUGAUGUUCCCGGAUACAAAGUGACUCAAUUCCAACCGUUUAAUCCAGUGACCAAGAUGACUCAAGCAACUAUCAUGGAUUUGGAAACAAAUCAACCUUUCCGUGUCGCCAAAGGUGCUCCUCAAGUCAUUACUCGUCUUGUUGGUGGUAAUCAAGAAGCAGUCAAGGCAGUGAAUGCUUUGGCUCGUCGUGGUCUUCGUGCUCUUGGUGUGGCAAAAACUGUACCUGGUGAUUUAGAACGUUUUGAAUUAAUUGGUAUGAUUUCUCUCCUGGAUCCUCCUCGUCCUGAUUCGGCUGAUACUAUUCGUGAUUGCAACUCUUUGGGUGUGGACGUCAAGAUGAUUACUGGGGAUCAACUUAUUAUUGCAAAGGAAGUCGCUGCUCGUUUAGGUAUGGGUCGUGUUAUCUUGGAUGCAAAUCAUUUAGUCGAUCCUACAAAGUCUGAAGAAGAAGUUACUGUCCAUUGUCAACGUGCUGAUGGGUUUGCACAAGUGAUUCCUGAACACAAGUAUCGUGUAGUAGAACUUUUACAAAACAAAGGACUUUUGGUUGGUAUGACUGGUGACGGUGUGAAUGAUGCUCCUGCUUUAAAGAAGGCUAAUGUAGGUAUUGCUGUUUCUGGAUGUACUGAUGCUGCUCGUUCUGCUGCUGAUAUUGUCUUGUUGGCCCCUGGUUUAUCUACCAUUAUUGAUGGUGUCAAGACUUCUCGUGCUAUCUUCCAACGCUUGCGAUCUUAUGCUCUUUAUCGAAUUACCUCCACCAUUCACUUUUUGAUCUUUAUGUUUAUCAUCACUAUGGUGGAAGAUUGGCGUAUGCCUGCUAUUUUAUUGAUUAUGAUCUGUGUUUUGAACGAUGCAGCUACUUUGGUGAUUUCUGUGGAUAAUACUCAAAUCUCUGAUCGACCCGAUAAAUGGCGUAUUGGGCAACUCUUAACGCUUUCCUUUAUUUUGGCCAUCCUGCUCUCUGCACUUUCUUUUGCUCACUUUUAUGUUGCUCGAGAUGUAUUCCAUGUUGGUAAAUAUGAACUUCAUUCUAUCAUGUAUCUUCAUAUUUCUUCUGCACCUCACUUUGUUAUUUUCUCUACAAGAGUACCUGGAUUUUGGUGGGAAAACAUGCCACACUGGUUAUUUGCAGUUUGUGUGUUAUUAACUCAGGUCCUUGCCCUCUUCUUCUCUGUAUAUGGUGUUUUCGGUGAACGAGAGGAAGUGGCUGGUUGUGGAUGGCCUUGGGGUCUCGCUGUACUUGGUGUCUCCUUGAUAUACUUUAUGAUUCUGGAUGUGGUCAAGGUGUAUUGUUUCCGAUACUGGAGUUUCCAAUUGACGGCCAAGAUGGUACCUACAAAAGGACGUCGCUCCAAGUUGGAAGGUCGCAAGUUGGAUCAAGCUUAUCAAAAACGAAUGGAAAUUUCUUGGGGAAAACUACAACAUACUGUACAAGCUCACAAUAUUGUCGCUGCCUUUAAGCAUCUAGAUGAAUUCAGGAAUACAGCUUCUGGUGCCGCUUGAUGGAUUGAUCUUAGUCAUCUAUAUCCUUUAGCCUUUAUCUUUAUAUUUUAUCUUUAUAUUAUACAUUUAUAUAGUCUUUGUAUACAUUGUUUUUUUUUCUUAUUAUUAUUUUUCUUAUUAUUCUCUUCUUUCCUUUUGAUAUAUCUUGAUUAGAUAUUUAGUAUUGUACUACACUUUUUUUUUCUCUCUCC